GCUAGUUGCAGGUUAGCAGAGACGGCGGCAGAGAAACAGACUAAUGACCCAGCACGAGGAGCCAGCUCUUCCACUAAAAUGGAGAGGUAUGAAAAGGUGAAGAAGAUCGGGGAAGGUUCGUUUGGAAAGGCGAUCCUCGUCAAGUCCAAAGAGGAUGGACACCAAUAUGUCAUCAAGGAGAUCGGCAUAUCUGCAAUGUCCAGUAAAGAGAGGCAGGAAUCUCGUAAAGAGGUGGCUGUCCUCGCCAACAUGAGCCAUCCCAACAUCGUGCAGUACAAGGAGUCUUUUGAAGAGGGCGGCUGCCUGUACAUCGUGAUGGACUAUUGUGAGGGGGGGGACCUCUUCAAGAAGAUCAACUCUCAGAAAGGAGUUCUGUUCUCAGAGGAGAAGGUCCUGGACUGGUUUGUGCAGAUCUGCCUGGCUCUGAAGCACGUGCACGACCGGAAGAUUCUCCACAGGGACAUCAAAUCCCAGAACAUAUUCCUGACUAAAGACGGGACCGUACAGCUCGGAGACUUUGGGAUCGCACGGGUGCUCAACAGCACUGUAGAGCUGGCGAGAACGUGUAUUGGCACGCCGUAUUACCUGUCCCCUGAGAUCUGUGAGAACAAACCGUACAACAACAAGAGUGAUGUUUGGGCCCUUGGGUGUGUCCUGUAUGAAAUGUGCACCCUUAAGCAUGCAUUUGAGGCCGGCAACAUGAAGAACCUGGUUCUGAAGAUCAUCCGGGGGUCCUACCCCCCCGUCUCCCUGCAUUACUCCCAGGACCUGCGCUCUCUGCUGGGCCUGCUGUUCAGACGCAGCCCGAGAGAGAGACCCUCCGUCAGCAGCGUGCUGGAGAGACCCUUCCUCUGUUACAGGAUCCAGAGCUUCCUCUCUCCUCAGAUCAUCGCUCAGGAAUUUCGCCAUAAUUUUCUUCACAAGCUGCCUAAAGUGGGCGUGGUGCCGGGACCAGCAGCCAAGCGUCCGACCCCCGGCUCCAUCCCCCCCGCUCAGAGGAUCACGAAACCAGCCUGUAAAUACGGAGUGCCUUUAACCGUGAGGAAGGACGCCGCCAAGAGACCUGCAGACAGGAAGCCUGCCGUGAGACAAAGACCUGCCCCUCCCCCUGCAGCCCCCCCCAGGAGAGUGAGUCAUGUGGAGGAAGAGAGGAAGAAACAUGAGGACGGCAUGAGGAAGAAGAGGAUGGAGCUGAUCGAGAAGGAGAGGAAACGGAGAGAGCAGAUGGUCCUGUUUAAAGCGGAGCAGAUGAAGAGAUAUGAAAAGGAAAAGAUCAACCGGAUAAACCAGGCCAGAGAGCAGGGCUGGAGACACGUGCUGAGCUCCAGUGGAGGCAGCAGCCCCGAGAGGAAGUGUUUUGCAGGGGGGGGGCAGAGGGCCGCCCCGUGCUCAGUUCAGGGUCCGGGUUACCUUCCCAGUAAAACCCCGUACGAACACUACCACGCUGCGCUGGACCAGAUGAGAGGCGCGUCUCCGGCACCAGGCAGCCCGGCACGGGUCCCGGCGGCUGCAGGCCCGGUUCUGCCCAGCAGCCCGGCCCGGGUCCUGAACCCGGACGCCAUCAAGAGGGAACUGCAGCGUCUGCAGCACGGCUCUAAAGCUGCUCACAUCAGCCGGUCCCGGGGUCACAUGGCUGCAGGACGGGCCUAUCAGGUGGAAGAGUUUCUGCAGAGGAAGAGAGAAGCCAUGCUCAACAAGGUGCGAGCCGAGGGACAGCUGGGAACGCGGCAGAACCUGGCAGCGACGUACGGGAGUCGGGGGGGCUCGAUCCGCUUCAGGAGGCCCAGAGCCAACCGGGAGGAGGAGGAGUAUCUGUCCAGACUGAGGCAGAUCCGCCUGCAGAACUUCAACGAGCGUCAGCAGAUCAAAGCCCGGCUCAGAGGAGAGAAGUACGACAGCGACGGGUCAGACAGCCAGGAGUCCAGCGAGGAGGCCGAGCUCAAGAGGAAGAAGAUCGAGGCGCUAAAAGCUCAAGCUAACACUCGAGCUGCUGUGCUGAGAGAGCAGCUGGAGAAGAAGAGGGUGGAGGCGCUGGAGAGGGAGAAGAGAGCCUGGGAGGAGCACCUCGCAGCUCGGGGGGUGAAGCCUGGCGUCGCUGCAGCAGGACACGUAGCAUCAUCAUCAUCGUCGUCUUCAUCAGAUCCUCCUCAGACCUCUCAGCCAGACGCUGCUGAAGCUGAAGCCAUCUCCAUGACGGCCGCCCUGAAGAACGUUGGAGCGGUGACUCCGCUGAAAGAGAAGUCCGCUCAGCCGGAGACUGCUGCCGUCCUCCAGAGUGAGAAGAAGCAGAUCCUGCGCCGACUGAACCAGAACCUGAAGGCCCAGAGUCCAGUGGAAGAGGAGUCUGUUCCCCCCCCUUCAGAACCAGGUCCUCCUGCAGAACCAGGCAGAGGUCCUCCUUCAGAACCAGGUCCUCCUUCAGCACCAGGUCCUCCUUCAGAACCAGGUCCUCCUUCAGAACCAGGUCCUCCUGCAGAACCAGGUCCUCCUUCAGCACCAGGUCCUCCUUCAGCACCAGGUCCUCCUUCAGAACCAGGUCCCGGUGCUGCUAAUGGAGAGCGCAGGAAGUGGGACGCUGCAGAACUUCCUGAACUUCCUGUGUCUCGGCUGACCUUUGGGGAAACCUGCUCCACAGCCAGUCCCUGUGCCACCUCGUCAGUGUCCCCUGCAGAGAGACCGUCCUCUGGUGCCGACAGGAGGAAGUGGGAGGCUGGAGUCCCUCUGGUUCUGUCUGAGGCCCAGAACACCCUGGAGGAGACCAGCAUCAGAACAAUCGAGCACACGGUGGGGGAGGUGAUUCAGAUGCUGCAGGAGGACGGGGGGAGGAAGGUGUGGAGAUCCAGUCCAGACUCCCAGGUCCUGAGGGUCCUCCAGGAGCUGCAGCCCCUCACCCUGGGGGACACCUCGCUCUGUGGGGACAUGUCCCUCUUUGGGGACACUUCCUACAGCCCUGAUCAGCCUCACCUGUCGGGAGCAGGGGAGAUGGUGAGGACGCCUAAAGAGGAAGUGUUCCCUGUUAGGACAGCGCCCCCUGCUGGUGGUCAGAGUGCAGCGUCCACAGAUUCCUCCCAGAAGGGAACGUCUGCAGCAGAAAGAGAGACGCUGCCACCUCACCCCUCUGAGAUCCAGGAUCCAGCAGACCUAGAGUCGAUGGAGUUGGAGGAGACCCCUAAACCCCCCCCCUCUCCCCCGGGCUGAUGUUCCUCAGGCCUGGCAGCAGGAAGGACCACUAGGAGGCGUGCUAAGACCUGCAAAGGAGGCUGAGAGGAGAGAGGAGAAACCAGCAGAGCCUUCAGUGAUGGAGGAGCCCCUCUUCCUGAAGCUUCUCUCCCCGGCCCACCGUCGGACCGCCCUCCUCUCGGCUCAGUCGUCCCUCGAUGACUCGUCCUCGUCUCUGAACUCUCGCUCUCGCUCCGUCUCUCCUCUCCGGGCCGGGCAGCAACGGGACCUCCUGAUUG